CGGAUGAGUCAGCAUCACCAACCGAGGCACGCGGAUAUUGGCCGGUGGCUCUCUCUUGAUUUCUCAUCCUCGGUCUCGGGACGUCAUCGUCGGCUAUGGGAGGCCUAACCCCUCUUGCUACUUCCCGUUUGAGACAUGAUCAUGCGUGCUUGCCUCGAUGGUGCCUCAUCAUUGGGCAGCUACGAUGCUGCUGUCUGGGGUGGCAGAUCGACCAGACCGUGGUGUCUUCGUUCCGACAAUCGCAUAGUGCUUGCAUAUUUACACCAUAGUUGGCUAUGUACAACAUGCUUAGCGUGGGCUCGUUGAUCAGCAGAGACCGACCUUCCAAGGCUUCAGGGAAUGCCUUUCUGGUGCCCUUCUCAAAGUUCGAAAGCUCAGAAGAAUCUGUCUAUGGCUUCGAUGUCUCCGAUGAAGAGUAUUUUCAAGAUUCGGUGACGAGAAAGCGCCGCCAUGCUGUUUACUAUCACCGGCCUCCUGUUUGGUGUCCUGCACGUCAGGCAAGGGGCUCAUCUGGUGUUUUCAGAGGCAGCAGCUGUUGCUCGGGGGAACUGUGCAGUGAGUGCGCGGCUAAUGACAGUCAGGUGGAGGAAGAUACGUAUUCGUGCAUCGUGGACUGCUGUGACACCACAGCUGCAUUAGCAAGUACUCUAUCUGGCAGAGAAACCAACACGUCGCAGUCUGAUCAGGACACCAUUAUACUGGACUGGAAUUCUCUUGACAGGUCCAAAGUAUGGCGACAGCAGAGCUCAGCCGAGAGAUAUACUUUACCAGAUCGGCGAGUCUCAGCGAAACCUUACCCUAAUCGGGUCCUAUUGCAAAGCUCUCUCUAUCAGCAAGGAAUGAGCCCUGCCGCGCGCUUACAAUCCUACAAGGACAUACGGUUAGGGCUGGACGAGAAAUGGGCCAUCCACGAAGGAUCCCUAGUGAUCUGCGUUGAUCCUGCGUAUACUUUGUCAGACCGCGGCAAACCACGCCCUGACGAAUUCGAACUUGUUAGCGGAGAAAUUUUCGUUAUCUGUCGACUAUAUGCAGAUUUGUGGGCGCUCUGCGCCAAUGCUUCGUCGGCUCAGUUUGAAAGACCUUUUGGUGAGACGACAGCAGUCGAGCCUAUGCGACUAGCUUUCCUGCCACUAUGCGCAGUCACACUAGCAGCAAACUUUAGCGCUUUCAACCAAAGAUGUAUCACUCACGCUUGCUACGAGACAGACGAACCUAAGCAUCCGGGAAACGGGCUGCCGGUUAUGCCUCCUCCACGCUCUUAUAGCCUCAGCGAUGACAAGCAGAUUUACCGCGGAAACCGACGGCACAUAGCUUUUCCAGAAGUGGUAUAUGAUGCUUUCAACCGGGUCUCCCUAGAAGGUAGCAACGCCGAUUAUGUAUUGGCAGAUUCUCCCUCUUUGGAGAACGUGUUUUCUAACUUGACCGAUCGAGGGAGCCGUCAACUACAGCGCUUAGGCAAGCGCAUGUCACUCCGGAAGCUCUGGAGCGAUUCCAAAACACCUGUAGUUGGGGACACUGAGAACCGGUUCUCUAGUUCACUAGGCUACCGCGAUGAAUAUUGUGAAUCAGGCGCAACGCAGCGUCCUUCAGGCACGCAGCGGCGCAGUUCGUCGAAAAGCCAGAGGCUGAGGGGACUCAUUCGGAUUACCCGGUAGGCCAGGGUCAUUUGACAGUCGGUUCAUGCAAGCUCAGCGUUGCAUUGUCAGCGAUACCUGGUAGUUAUAGACAUCGAACAUCAGGGAUGGCGAGUAUAAAUAUGGUAUUAACGGCCGAGGUUGGAUUGCACAGGCGCGUGCUGAGCACGAGGUGGAUCAGAUGUGAGGGAGGAACGGGAGGAAGGGCGUGAGGACUGAGGAGACCGCGGAGCGAGACAGACCCCUGCACUCUGCAGGCCAAACCGGC